AGAUGGCGGCGCCCUUAGCGGCGGAGUUGGAGCGUCUCCUCAACCCGCUGCCCCGAGCCCAGCCUGACCCGGAGGACGACCCCGAAGAGGCUACGGCAGCCAAAGUAAUCGACAAAUUUGACGAAGGGAACCUUGAUGAAGACGUCCUUUCUGUUGGUCAAAUACGGAAAGGAAUUGCCUCUCGGCUUUUGGAUGCUGAUAAGCGGUACCAGGGAAAAGCUACAACCCGCAAAGCCUUAGAAGAAGAGUUGUGGGGCGUAGCUGAGCUGCCAGAUGAAGAAACAUCAAGUGAGGAGUCAGAUGAAGGUGAUCUUGACAGUGAAUCUCUGGCUGAAGAUGAGAGUCCAGAAACAGAGGAGGAAGAGGAGGAGGAGGAGGAAGAGGCGGCCAGUGAUGCUGAAGAAGACAAAAAGCUGUCCCACAAGCUGAAAAAACCAGCCUUCAGUUUCCAAGCCAUUGAUGAUUUUGAGAAAUUUGCGGAAGGGAUGGAUGAGCUUGGGAGCGAGGAAGAAGAAGAAGAAGAGGAAGCCAGCUCUGGAGAAGACAACGAAGGGGAAAAUGACUCACAGGAAAGUGUGAAGGAGAGCGAGGAGGAGGAAAUGGUAGACGUUAAUAGAGAUCCAGAAAGUGGAAUCCUCUUGACUCACUCUCAAGGCCAAGCAGCGGAAGAAGUAGCAAAGGGAAAAGCGGUGAAAAAUCAAAUAGCCCUGUGGGAUCAGCUCCUGGAAAGCCGAAUCAAGCUUCAGAAGGCCCUCUUAAUAGCCAACCAACUUCCCCAGCCAGAUACCUUCUCCGAAUUCAAGAAGAAAGGAGGGCAGGAAUAUUCUAACGUGCUCAAGAACAGUUACAAAGCGUUAAAGGCUUUGCUGAGAAGCCUGGUGGAUCUUCAGGAUGAACUAUGGCAACAGAACUCGGGGACCAGACAUUUGGUAACAGGACAAAAGAAAGAGGAGAGCGAUGAAGAGAUCUCAAGUGGCAGCGAUGAAGCUGAGGAAGAGAAGAGGGUUGUGCAGAGGCCACCCAAACGGAAGCUGGAGAUGGAGGACUACCCCGAAUUCGCGUCCAAGAGGUUUGCUGAGUUUCGGGUCUACAGAAACAACACCCUACAGAAGUGGCACGACAGGACCAGACUGGCUUCUGGCAAACUGGGCAAGGGUUUUGGUGCCUUUGACCGAUCCAUCUUGACUCAAGUGGAUCACAUUUUGAUGGACAAAGGGAGGUUACUCCGACGGACACAGACCAAGAGGUCAGCAUACAGGGUGCUGGGAAAAAACCCCUCGGCUGCUGAGGUGCUUCCACAAACUGAACUGGACGAGACGGAGAUGCUUCCUCCAGCGAUGUCAAAUGCCCACCUCAAAGACCUGGACGAGGAGAUCUUCGAUGACGAUGACUUUUAUCAUCAGCUGCUCCGGGAACUUAUUGAACGCAAAACCACUUCCUUGGAUCCAAAUGAUCAAGUGGCGAUGGGCAGACAAUGGCUGGCUAUCCAGAAAUUGAGGAGUAAAAUUCGGAAGAAAGUGGACACCAAGGCCAGUAAAGGAAGAAAAAUCCGGUGA